UCUGAUAAAAAGUAUCAACUGAUACCGCAAUCACAGCACUAGCCCCUCUCUCUCUCUCUCCCCCCUACUGAUUCUUAUUCCUGUUCUGUCUCUCUCUCUCUCUCUCUCUCUGUUCUGCCAUCAAUCACUUAGUCCAAGAAUAUCUUAUUCCUAAGAUAAUUUGUCUUGGCCUGUCUGUUUUCAAUGACUUUGUACAAUUGAGCCCCAGAAUCCUCCGUGAUUCAUUUCAGAACUAGGGUAUAGGCAGAGUAGUUGCAAGAGUUGCGAAAAUGGUGAAAACCGCAGGCCGGAGCAAACCCAUUUUCAUAGGCGGAGCAGGGGUGGCCCUGCUGAUGCUCUGGACUUUUUCGCCUUUCCCUAGCUUACCAACCACCUUAAGCGUAAGGAGGAUGGCCAUAUCACCGGAACAAGACGGGGCGGCGGCCAUGCCGGACUGCGCCGGCGUGGACGAUCACGGCGUUAACAUGGGCCACGACCCGGCCGACCACACGUUCUACGACGACCCGGACCUGACUUACACGGUGGGGAGUCCGGUCAAGAACUGGGACGAGAAGAGAAAGGAGUGGCUGAAGCACCACCCGUCGUUCGCCGCGGGGGCAGAGAACCGGCUCUUCAUGCUCACCGCGUCGCAGCCUUGGCCGUGCAAGAACCCCAUCGGCGAUCACCUGAACUUGAGGCUGUUCAAGAACAAGGUGGAUUACUGUCGGAUCCACGGCUACGAUAUCUUCUACAACAACGCGUUGCUUCACCCGAAAAUGAAGAGCUAUUGGGCAAAAAUACCCGUAGUCCGGGCUACGAUGGUUGCCCACCCGGAGGCUGAGUGGAUCUUUUGGAUUGACUCGGAUGCAAUGAUUACUGAUAUGGAUUUUAAGCCGCCGUUUGAGAAGUAUAAAGACCAUAAUCUCGUGGUGGACGGGUGGCCCAACUUGAUCUAUGAGAAGAAGAGUUGGGUCGGGUUGAACGCCGGGGUGUUUUUCCUGCGAAACUGUCAAUGGUCGAUGGAGUUUUUGGAGGCGUGGGCCGAGAUGGGCCCACAGACUCCGAACUACGAGAACUGGGCUAAGAUCCAGAUGGAAACGCUGAGCGACAAGACGUACCCGGUAUCAGACGAUCAAUCGGGUCUGAUUUAUUUGCUGUUGAAAGAGAAAGAGAAGUGGGGGGAUAAGAUUUACAUAGAGAAUCAGUACACGUUAAGCGGGUAUUGGGGGGGAAUCGUCGACUCGUUCGAUAAGAUCAUCGACAACUACGCGAGGAUAGAGAAAAAGGUGGUGGAGCUGCGGAGGCGACACGCCGAAAAGGUGAGCGAGCACUACGCGGAGGUGAUGGCGGAGGCGUUCCGCAAGGAGGGAGGAGGCGAUCGGGCACGGAUGCGGCCGUUCAUAACGCACUUUACGGGGUGUCAGCCGUGCAGUGGGGAACACCCGGGGUACUCGGACGACGCAUGCUGGAUCGGGAUGGAAAAGGCUUUGAAUUUUGCCGAUAAUCAGGUGCUUCGCAACUACGGUUUCGUGCGGCCGAACCUGCAGAAUUCCUCCUCCCUCUGCCCUCUCCCUUUUGGUUUUUCGUCUUACAAAAAGGAGAAAUAGAAAAGUGCCCUGUUGUUGUGAUCAUUCAUUUUAAGUAUGAUGAUAUGAUGAUCAGAAAAAAUGUUCUUUUGACUGUUUAGUUUGAAAUUCUGUCUCUGGUUUCUCGAAUUUUCAUAAACUAGCAUGAUUCAUUUGAAGGUUUACUGCA